GAUUACAAAUCCGUUUAUUUUAAGUUUCGAUCGAUCGCUCGGCUCUCUCACUCUCAGAUACCCACUGGAUUGACGAUUGCUUUUCAUCUCCGUUUUCUUGCUCCAAGCGAAAUCCAAAAACCAGCUAGUUUCCAUUUCAUUGGUGCUCCCUCCCAAUCACCAGGGAGGAGGUAAGUUGGUCGUUGCAACGAACUUCGCCCCACCGAACCUCGUUCAAUUCAGCCCAAGUCUAUCGGUGUCAUUUCGGUGACCAAACUGGACGUUGGGCUGGACACGAACGGUUCGGGGUUGGGGGACAGUGGAUUAAUGGCUGGUUUAGUACAGGACCACCCCUCCCUCGGGAUUGACGAUAUAAAUGAAGAAAAUCAGGAGAAGUUGUUCAACAAGGACAUCGUAGAGCGAGAGAGUGAAGGGGAGAGAGAGAUGUCUCAUGCAGUUGGGAAUUCGAUUCACCGGUCGGGUUCUCGUCCGCAGCUGGACCUCAGCAAGGCGGCCAUUCAGGGGAAUUUUGAGGAGAGGGACCCAACAAUUCUGUUGCCUAAUCAGUCUGAUGAUAUAUCUCACUUGGCCUUGGACAUUGGAGGAUCUCUUAUCAAGUUGGUGUAUUUUUCAAGACACGAGGACCGAUCAAUGAAUUACAGGAGAAAGAAGUCUCUUCAGGAAAAAUUUGGUGGUUCUAAUGGGAAUAGGAGGAGCUACCCAAUUCUUGGUGGAAGGCUUCAUUUUGUGAAGUUUGAAACAACCAAAGUUAAUGAAUGCUUAGAUUUUAUUUCUUCCAAACAGCUUCACUAUGGUGGGAUGGAUGCACACCUUUGGAAUUCUGGGGCCCCAAACAAUGAAAAUGCAGUAAUUAAGGCUACAGGUGGUGGGGCAUACAAAUUUGCAGAUCUCUUUAAAGAAAGGCUUGGGGUUUGUAUAGAAAAGGAAGAUGAAAUGGAUUGCCUUGUGGCUGGUGCAAAUUUCUUGCUCAAGGCAAUUCGUCAUGAAGCUUUCACGCACAUGGAGGGUCAAAAGGAGUUCAUACAGAUUGACCAGAGUGAAUUAUUUCCUUACCUUCUUGUCAAUAUUGGAUCUGGUGUCAGCAUGAUCAAGGUUGAUGGGGAUGGGAAGUUUGAACGAGUCAGUGGAACCAAUGUUGGAGGCGGUACCUAUUGGGGUUUGGGAAAACUUCUAACACAAUGCAAGAGUUUUGAUGAGUUGCUGGAGCUGAGUCAACGGGGAGAUAACAGAACCAUAGACAUGCUUGUUGGUGACAUCUAUGGUGGUAUGGAUUACUCAAAGAUUGGUCUCUCUGCUUCAACAAUUGCUUCUAGUUUUGGUAAAGCCAUUUUUGAAAAGAAGGAUCUUGAAGACUACAGACCUGAAGAUAUUUCUCUGUCCCUAUUGCGAAUGAUUUCAUACAAUAUUGGACAGGUAUCUUAUUUAAAUGCACUACGUUUUGGGCUUAAACGAAUAUUUUUUGGAGGCUUCUUUAUAAGGGGCCAUGCUUAUACAAUGGACACUAUCUCGUUUGCAGUUAAUUUCUGGUCGAAGGGAGAGACACAAGCUAUGUUUUUGAGGCAUGAAGGGUUUUUGGGAGCUUUAGGUGCUUUCAUGAGCUAUGAAAAGCAUGGAUUGGAUGACUUGAUGGUUCACCAACUGGUGGAAAGGUUUCCAAUGGGUGCACCAUACACUGGAGGAAAGAUCCAUGGUCCUGCAUUGGCUAAUCUGAAUGAAAAGAUAUCAUGGAUGGAGAAGUUUGUUCAGAAGGGAAUUGAGAUUACUGCUCCUGUUCCAAUGGCCUCAUCAGGAACCACUGGCCUUGGUGGCUUUGAAGUUCCAUUAUCAAAGGGAGAUAGUUUGCGAUCUGAUGCAAGUAACCUAAAUGUUGGUGUACUUCAUCUUGUACCCACUUUGGAGGUGUUUCCAUUGUUGGAUGACCCAAAAAUAUAUGAGCCCAACACUGUAGAUCUUUCUGAUCACGGUGAACUGGAGUAUUGGUUCACUGUGCUAUCGGAGCAUUUGCCAGACCUUGUUGAUACGGCUGUAGCUAGUGAAGGCGGAACAGAUGAUGCUAAAAGGCGGGGUGAUGCAUUUUCUCGUGCAUUUUCUGCCCACUUGGCAAGGCUGAUGGAGGAGCCUGCUGCAUAUGGAAAGUUGGGGUUGGCCUACCUUUUGGAACUAAGGGAAGAGUGCUUGAGGGAGUUCCAGUUUGUUGAUGCCUAUAGAAGCAUAAAACAAAGGGAAAAUGAGGCAUCACUUGCUGUUCUGCCUGACCUGCUCGUGGAGCUUGAUAGCAUGGAUGAGGAGACAAGGCUACUUACGCUAAUUGAAGGUGUCCUUGCUGCAAACAUAUUUGAUUGGGGAUCCCGUGCCUGUGUUGAUCUCUAUCAUGAAGGAACAAUUAUUGAAAUAUACAGAAUGAGUCGGAGAAAGAUGCAAAGACCUUGGCGGGUGGAUGAUUUUGACCAUUUUAAAGAGAGGAUGCUAGGAUCUGGAGGCAAGAAACCUUGUCCACAUAAAAGAGCCUUACUCUUCGUGGACAACUCAGGUGCUGAUGUUGUCUUGGGAAUGCUUCCACUGGCGAGGGAACUUCUCAUCCGGGGAACUGAAGUGGUUCUGGUUGCAAAUUCACUUCCUGCCCUAAAUGAUGUCACUGCAAUGGAACUUCCUGAUAUUGUUGCUGAGGCUGCCAAGCAUUGUGACAUUCUUCGUAGGGCUGCUGAAGCAGGAGGCCUAUUGGUUGAUGCAAUGAUUAACAUCCAGGAUGCUUCCAGAGAAACUUCCCCUUCAGUUCCUUUGAUGGUUGUUGAGAAUGGUUGUGGAAGUCCAUGCAUAGACUUGAGGCAGGUCAGCUCAGAGCUAGCUGCAGUUGCAAAAGAUGCUGAUUUGGUCAUCUUGGAGGGGAUGGGUCGAUCCCUGCAUACCAAUUUCAAUGCUCAGUUUAAAUGUGAUGCUUUGAAGCUUGCAAUGGUGAAGAAUCAAAGGCUGGCAGAGAAGUUGAUUAAAGGAAACAUAUACGACUGUGUUUGCAGAUACGAAUCCAGCCCUCAAAACUCCCAUGUCAAAAUCACUUAGUGCCCACAACUACGAGAUCUGAGUAGGGAGGUUAAAAUUUGAACUGUUUGCUUACAAACUAGUGUAAAAAUGUUAAAGUGGCUCAUUGCAUUCGAGUGUUCAGUGGUUUCCGGUUUCUGUUUGCUCUGGUAAACAAGUAUCAUUUUGCUUGUAGGGAUUAUGAAACCUGUAACGAAGUUUUACCUCUA